UCUUUGAAAUCACGUGAGCAGAAAAAGACGCCCCUUUUCUAAUUUUGCUGGGCGGCACGGAUGGCCACCUUUGUUUUUGCAGAUUUGCCGCGUUGGGCACGGGCCGUUGCAUUUGCGGCUACAGCGUCGGAGGAGAUCCCGGCCCUCCGCAGAGGAAAGUGUCGCGACUCGUGCAGGGCGUCGAUUGACAUGGAGGACUCGGCGGUGGCCGUGCUGAAGCGGGCGGUGGAACUGGAUUCGGCUUCGCGUUUUCAGGAGUCGCUGAUUUGCUACCAGGAAGGGAUCGAUCUGCUCCUUAGUGUGCUGAAAGACUGAGAUAAUAGCUACAAAAUUCUGUCAACCAUGGAGGAUAAACCAAUUGCAUCCUUUCCUGGAAGAAAACUACCAAUGGUAAUUGAGAUCGGGAACUGUUGCUAGCUACAAAAGAUGAGAAGAAAAAGGCUUACUACAGAAACAAAAUAUCAAGUUACAUGAACAGAGCGGAAGAAAUUAAAAAAUAUGUUAUGAAGGAAAAAGAAGAUGGGAAAUGCCACAAACAAAUAAAAAUCGAAGAGAAUAGCAAAGGAUUCAGCUAUGAAAAAUUGUUCCAAGAGUAUCUAAAUGAAACUGUUACAGAGGUUUGGGUUGAGGAUCCUUACAUUCGCCAAACCCAUCAGUUGUACAACUUCUUAAGAUUCUGUGAAAUGCUUGUUAAAGGACCAUGCAGAAUGAAAACUAUACACCUUCUUACAUCUCAUGAAGAAGGUCAUGGAAAGAGUCAACAGAUGGGUUCCUUAGAAGAAAUACAACAGUCUCUAAGGGAUUUCGGCAUUACACUGGAUAUAUCGUACUCUUCUUCAAUACAUGAUCGAGAGAUUAGAUUCAACAAUGGAUGGAUGUUUAAAAUCGGAAGAGGCCUUGAUUAUUUUAAAAAACCACAGGGUCGUUUUUGCCUUGGAUAUUGUGAUUUUGAUUUGAGACCUUGUCACGAAACUACUGUGGACAUCUUUCACAAUAACUACACAAAGAAGACAUGAUUCCUUCUGAAACCACUCCUGUUUUCUAGGUAAAAUCGUUGUCAAGAUGUAUAUUUAAUGUGCUGUUUUAUAAAAUAAAUUGUUGUUUAAGCAAAAAGAUAUGUUUAUCUCAAGAUAUCCUUAAAAGAGGCUUCAAUAGUUAAAUUAUGCUUAAAGGAAAAUCAGUAUUCUUACCUUAAUUAACAUCGGAUAAAAAUAUUGGAAGAAUAAUUAAAUUAAAACAAACUACUGAAUAUAUUUUAAAAAUGCAAUGACUGGAGUCACUACUUCAAACAAAUAGCUGAAAUAAACCUAGGUAGAGAUAUAGGUUCAUUCAAAGUGACAACAGCACUGAACAAAUGGUUUCCUCAUAGUUUAGCUGUUGCAGUGUCCUCAAAGUCAUGACUGCCAUUUGUGUACUUACUUGAUGCCCUGCUUGGGAUUAUGUUGUCUCUGGGACUGUGGUCAUGUGAUUGUGAUUUUCAAUGUUCCCUGCCAACUUCCCAUAAACAAAGUCAGUGGGAAAGCUGGCUGGAAGUUGUGGUCAUGUGAGCUGCUUAUUUAAUGAUCAUUUAAUGCAAUCAGCAAAACUGACAUCCCACUUUAUGACUGUAUCACUUAGCAAUAGCAAUUCCAGUCAAUUGCUGUCAUAAGCCACGAACUUUUCAAUUUAGCAGUCUAAAAAUAGAGCUGCCUACAAUCUCUUCGAGUUAUAUGAAGCUAUUGUAUAUAGGAAAAAAAGCUGCCUGCCAAAUUCAUUGAACAUUAGAGGAUGCUGAAUGGAGAGGAUUUUUGGACAGUUACAUAGCUAUCACUUGGGUCAUAUAGCCUGCUAAUGUAUUUUGAACAGUGGAGUCCGUCUGCUUUUUUUUCUUGUUUUUUUUUUUUUUUGCAAAUUCCUACAAAAACCAUGCCACUACCACACACAUAUGUUCAGUCAUCAUGGAAGAAAAUUAUGCCAUGGCCAGCCAGCUGAGCUAUGUAUUUGCUGAGAGCUUAAUAGUGAACCACAUCUUCUGAACUUUGAAAAUAUUGUACAUGCUUGCAAUUUACAGCUCAUAUUUCAUCUAUGGGUUCUUUAAAGUACCUUUCUUGUCUUGAUGUGCCAUUCCUAAAACCUGUUUUGUAACAUGCCCGUUCUUGUAAUUAGUUUUUUGUCUCUCGUCAGAAUCUACCCGUUUUUACUCCAAUAAAAUUAUUAAGUGAUACUGAUACUUUGGAAUCAAAUAAAAAGAUUGAAUCUAAACAUCUGAUCCAGUAUGUCAUGGAAAUUGUAAACAAUUUCAUUACUUGAAAUCUUGUCCUUUUGAAUGUUACUGGGUACAGGUUUUUUAAUAAUAUUGUAUUAUUAAAGUUAUAAUAUGUAUACCUUUUAGUUUUUAGUUUGUCAACAAAUGUGGAUUAAUCAAAAGUAAGAAUAUAAAAAUUUUGGAAUAAAGGCUUGUUUUUAAAAAUGUA